CCACGUCCAGGCACAAGCCAGCGUAGGCUCAUGACUGAUGACUGCUCACUGCUCAUGCUCGAUUCCCCGCAUUCAAUUCCCUACAGAAUAAUUUUAGGUCCGAUAGAAAUUCCCUCGUGACUCAAUCAGAGUCAUUCUUCUGAAAACUCAUUGCUUCAAAGUUCACCUACACUACCUUACACACCCAAUUCCCUUGACUUACUCGCUACCAUCAUGUCUGGGGAAGGAUCAGCACCACUGCCGGUCCGCGAAAAGGAGACGGCCGAAGCGCCUGCGGAGGCAGGUCCAUCGAAAAAUGCCCUGAAAAAAGCACAGAAAGAGGCUGAGAAGGCGGCCAAAAAAGCAGCAGCCAAAAAGGCAGAUGAAGAAAAGAGAGCGGCUCAGCAGUCACAGGCUGCAGAGGACACUGCCAAAGAUCUCUAUGGACCUCUGCCCGAGGACGACAUCCGUGAGAUUCAUCUCAAGAAACUCGGCGAGGAGCACAUUGACAAGGAGGUCACCAUUAUUACUCGCAUCCACAACAGUCGAAGCCAAAGCGCUAAGCUGGCUUUUCUCAUGUUGAGGCAGCAGGGCAGAACUAUUCAAGCCGUCGUGGCCGCAGGAGAUGUCAUUUCCCGACAGAUGGUCAAAUAUGCCACAAGCAUCAACGUCAACUCUUUCGUCCGCGUUUCUGGAAUUGUAAAGUCUCCCAAUCCUCCCGUCGCUUCAGCCUCAAUCAGCAACCUCGAGCUCCAUGUCACCAGAAUUUACCUCAUCUCCAAAGCCAUUGAACAGCUACCUAUGCAAGUCAAAGACGCGGAACGACCCCCUCCAGCCUCUGCUGAAGAAGGUGCUGUUGAUGCUGAAGGUGCUCCCAUCGUCACCCUCAAGACUCGCUUGGACAAUCGGGUCAUUGACCUCCAGACGGAAUGCAACCAGGCCAUCUUGACAAUCUCUGGUGCGGUGCAGGCGCUGUUUAUCGAGUACAUGUACAAGAGCGGAGCCACACCACUCAACACGCCCAAGCUCCUGGGAACGGCAACGGAAGGCGGAAGCGGUGUCUUUGAAGUCAACAAUUACUUUGGAAAGAGUGCCUUUCUUGCCCAGAGUCCACAGCUGUACAAGCAAAUGCUGAUUGCUGGUGAUUGUGAGAGCGUGUUUGAGGUUGGCCCAGUCUUCCGAGCGGAGAACAGCAACACCCAUCGACACAUGACAGAGUUCACCGGUCUUGAUUUCGAACAAGUCUUUUCCAAACAUUACCACGAGGUCUUGACCUUUGCCGAGAACUUGAUCGUUUUCAUUGUCACGGAACUUCAAUCACGACACAAGGAAGAGAUUGAUGUGGUCAAGAAAUUCUUCCCACGAGCCGGUGAUUUUCGAAUCAAGGACGGAAAGGCUCUUCGACUGCGAUAUCUCGAGGGUAUUCAGAUUUUGAAAGACGCAGGAGUCGACACGACUGAACAAGACAACUUUGUUACCGAUCUCACCACUGCCCAGGAGAAGAAGUUGGGCCAACUGAUCCGUGCCAAGUAUGACACUGACUUUUAUGUUCUCGAUGAGUUUCCGUACUCGGUGCGACCCUUUUACACCAAACGACACCCGACCAACCCCGACCUGUCUUAUUCGUACGAUUUCUUCAUGAGAGGAGAAGAAAUCAUGUCCGGUGCUCAACGAGUCAACGAUGCCGACGAACUCGAAGCAGCCAUGCGUGAAAAGGGUGUCGACCCCAACUCGGAUGGAUUUGCCGACUAUGUCAAUGCUUUCAGACAAGGAUGCCGACCUCAUGCCGGUGGUGGAUUGGGAUUGAAUCGGAUUGUUCAAUUCUUCCUGGGACUUGACAAUGUCCGACAAGCUACGCCAUUCCCUCGUGAUCCCCAGAGAUUGCGGCCAUAAUUUGGGCAGCCAAAGGAUGAUGAUGUGGUUACGGUAGAAGACACAUGAUUACGAUGAUGUGAGCGAGUGAGUUAGGAGAAGGUAGACGAUAAUCAAUACAAGACCAAGUAGUUAGACCAGAGAAAGAUGCAAAUUCAUCAAACCCA